AUGGUCACUAUCAAGAAGCCGCAGCCGUUCAAGCGGGCCCUGCACUUCUCGGAGGGAGAGUUCGAGGAGCGGCGCUACCGGGCCCUCGAGCUCAUGAAGCGCGAGCAGCUGGAUGGUUUCCUGAUCACCAAGCAGGAAACCCUCUACUAUCUCACGGGAUAUGACACAUUCGGAUACGUCUUCUUCCAAGCCAUGUACUUUCAUAUCGAUGGUUCGAUGAAACUCAUCACACGCAUGCCAGAUCUUCGCCAAGCCCUCUACACCUCCAUCCUCAAACCCGAGGACAUCAUGAUCCGAUCGGACGAUGCGAGCAGCAACCCAGUCUCCUUGGUUCCGCGCGUCCUGAAGCAGUUUGGCAUCAACAGCCCCAAUCGCCGUAUUGGGUACGAGCCUAAUUCGGCCACCCUGACUCACGAGAUCGGCAAAUUACUGGAAGAGGCCGUAGAUGGGCUCUGUACUCUGGUUAACCACAGCACGUUGUUUACGCGAGAACUGCGCAUUGUCAAGUCCCCGACUGAACUGCGCAAGAUCCGCAAGGCCGCCUAUUUGGCCGAUUUUGCCCUCAUCCGCGCACUCAAAUUGGCGAAACCAGGAGCGUACGAGGGCGAUUUAUGGCGAGAGAUUGUGGGAACAGUCUACGAGGGCGGCGGCGACGACCCAGCAAACGAGAACAUCCUCGUCUCCGGAAACAAGGCAGUCCUCACCCGUUAUUCGGCUGGAAAGUCCAAGAUCGACCGACAGAUUACCCUCGAACACGCGGGCGUGUAUAAGCAUUACCAUGCCUGCCUUAUGCGUACAAUCCAUAUCGGCGGCGUCACCAAGCUCGCCCGGGAGAUGUUUCGAGUCAAUAUCCUGCAGAUGGAAGCAGCCAUGGCUGCCCUAAAACCUGGUCGCGAGAUAGGAGAUGUCUUCGAAGCCUAUGCUCGAGUUGCCGACAAGAAUGGCUUCCAGGACCAACGGUUUAACGCGUGUGGAUAUAGCCUGGGCGCCACAUUUGCCCCGACCUGGAUGGACUAUCCCAUGUUUGUGCGGGGCCAGAAGGUCAUUGCCCGGCCGGGCAUGGUGUUUUUCAUCCAUAUCAUCCUAAUGGACAAAGCGACUGAUACAGCAAGCUCGAUCGGUCAAACGGUCGAGGUGACCCAGGACGGGUGUGUUGCUCUCUCUAAGCUCCCCUUCUGUAUCACGCGGAAGCAGACAAUUGCUGCCUGGAAGAAAGUAAAAAAGGAGGACUAUGGUUUCACGGAAGAAGAGGAAGACGAAGGUGAAAAUCUGCAGGAUGUGGAACUCUCUGAGGGCGAUGUGGAUGCUGAAGACUAUGAUGUUGAGUAUGACUUUAGUGACUAUCAGCCUUCUGCUCCCCCUGGAGACCCUACCCAGCAAGCUUAG